GCCCCGAAGAAGCAAGCCGCGGGCACGCGCAAGCGAGAGGUAGUGAGACACGAGCAAAGCGUGGUCAACCUCCCGAUCUUAACAGGCGCUCAAGGUGCUCGGAUCUCGGCCGCAUUUCCGCCCCUCCCAGAGGCUCGACGCAAGUCCUCGCCAGGAAAGGCUGGCUCAGUCUUGACCACUCCUCAUAUAUCUACCACCACCACGAACUGGACCUACCGUGUCUCCUUUUUCAUUCCAGCUAUCGGAACCCUCUGGCUUGUCUACUACCAUGCGUACCACGUUAAGGCCACGGCUGCUAGUAAGCAGCUUGAUGCCCAGAAGCAAAAGGUAUCUAUCACCGGCCCGAACUGCAUCACCUUCCUCGUCGCUGCCGAGGUUUUCCCCACUCCAAUCCGUGCCACUGCCCAUGGCCUCUCUGCCGCUGCAGGAAAGCUCGGUGCUCUAGUCAUCGCCGUUAUCGGAUCUUACACCACCACCCAGCAACAAUUCUAUAUUGUCCCUUGGUUCGGUCUGGCUGGUGUGCUCACUAAGCUUUUCCUGCCGGACACCACCGGUCUUGAUCUACGCGAACAAGAGCGUCGCUGGUUGCAUAUCCGCCAAGGUCGCGAGCAUGGGUACCAUGGCCCUGCUGUCCACCGCAAGCAUCUUUCUAUCUGGGAGCGCUGGAUGGGCAAGGGCAAGCACUACGAUGCUGACCUUGGCUAUCAAAUGAAGGUCAAGGAGUUCCGAGCCGAGUGGGAAGCCGCUAUGGCCGGCUCUUUGUAUACCUACUUUGAGCGCACUAGCCCGAUGAUCCGCGGUGUGGAGAAGAGUGAGGUCGAGCCUACCGCCCUUCCUGUUGGUACCCGGGAUGAUCAGGACACUCUUGGAUGGGAGUAA